AUGGCCGAAUCAGUCGUCACCGAAUUUGGCAUAUUUGGAGGUUCCAGCUUUUUAUCUCUUUCGUCUGAGCGACACCUCAUCACCCAUGUUUAUGCUUGCACAGUACAAAGCUGCAUAUUUCUUUCAGCUAACUUGAGUUUUCGUUCUUUCUUCUUCUUCUUCUUCUUCUUAUUAUUAUUAUUGCUAUUACUUUACCGCCUUCCAUACUAUGCUUAUAAUAAUAAUAAUAAUUUGAUUUUCUUUCUUUCUUUCUUUCUUUCUUUCUUUCUUUCUUUCUUUCUUUCUUAUUGCUAUUACUCCAUAUUUGGGUUUUUCCUUAUCUCUCUCUCUCUCUCUCUCUCUCUCUCAUUUCCUUUUCUUUCUCUCUCUCAUUUCCUUUUCUUUCUCUUUCUCUCUCUCUCUCUCAUUUCCUUUUCUUUUUCUCUCUCUCUCAUUUCCUUCUCUUUCUCUCUCUCUAUUACAGCUCAUCAAAUAGAAGCAGAAGCAUUUACCUUCGUUCCGUUUUCUCUCCUCACCUUUGCAACCCCCAUGACCAAUACUCUGUCUUUUGUGACGUUUCUUUCUGUUGUUAACUCAGCUAGCCCCCACCCACCCCCGCAUAGACUCAUUGUUGUGACUUUCUUAACUGCCGUGUACGUAGUCAUCGUAUUGUCUCUGGUUUGGCUUUUAAUUUUCUCUUUCUUCAUUAUUUCUCUUUCAUUUCCUUUUCCAAUUAACUUUUAUUCUUCUUUACUGAAAUACUUAUUAUUGUCCGGUUUCUUUUUAAUCUCCUUAUCAUCAUUAUUUUAUCUCUCUCUCUCUUUCUCACUCUCUCUCACUCUCUCUCUCUCUCACUCCUUCUCUUCUCUCUCUUCCUAUUCCUCACAAUCUUCAUUUCCUCUUUCUCCACUUACCACUUCUUCUUACUUAAUUCCCCACUCGGACUUUUUUUCUUUCUCUCUCUCUCUUUUCCCCCUCCCUUCAUCUCUCUCUUUUUUCUCACUAAAUUCCUAUUUCUCUCUCUCUCUCUCUCUCUCUUCCUCUAUUUUCCUGUUCCCCUCACUUCUUCUUAUUGGACUGCAAUACUUAUUUACCCUUCGGACUAUUUUCUUUCUCCCUUUCCCUUCCCUUUUUCUUUCUCCCUUUCCCUUCUCUUUUUCUUUCUCCCUUUUCCUUUCUCUUUUUCUUUCUCCCUUUUCCUUUCUCUUUUUCUUUCUCCCUUUCCCUUCCCUUUUUCUUUCUCCCUUCUCCUUUCUCUUUUUCUUUUUCCCUUUCCCUUCCCUUUUUCUUUCUCCCUUUUCCUUUCUCUUUUUCUUUCACCCUUUCCCUUCCCUUUUUCUUUCUCCCUUUUCCUUUCUCUUUUUCUUUCUCCCUUUCCCUUCCCUUUUUCUUUCUCCCUUUUCCUUCCCUUUUUCUUUCUCCCUUUUCCUUUCUGUUUUCCUUUCUCCCUUUCCCUUCCCUUUUUCUUUCUCCCUUUUCCUUUCUCUUUUCCUUUCUCCCUUUCCCUUCCCUUUUUCUUUCUCCCUUUUCCUUUCUCUUUUCUUACUCCCUUUCCCUUCACUUUUUCUUACCCCCUUUCUCUUCCCUUUUUCUUUCUCUCAUUCCUUUUACUUCUUUCUUCUUCGUUUUUUCUACCUUGUAUCUUUUCCUUCCUCUUUUUCACUUCCUCUUUCUUUCUUUCUUUCUUUCUUUCUUUCUUUCUUUCUUUCUUUCUUUCUUUCUUUCUUCUCUUUCCUCUUUUCACUUUUGCUUUCUCCUUUAUUAUUUUUCUCUUUCCUUCGUUCUUUCUGUUUUUCUCUUCUCCCCCUUUCUUUUUGCUCUCCUUUCCCUUUCUUCCUCUUUUUGUCUCUAUCUCCUUUUUCUUAUUUUUGUCUCUCCUCCUCCUCCUAUCUCUUUUUCUUCUGUCCCCCUUAUUUUUCUUUUCGCUCUAUUUCCUCUUUUCACUUAUGCUUUCUCUUUCUUUCGUUCUUUCUGUUUUUCUCUCCCCCUUUCUCUUUUUUCUCUGUCUCUUUUUCUUAUUUUCUUUCCUCCUCCCCCUCCUCCUCAUUAUUUUCUGCUUUCUCUAUUUUCGCUUCCUCCCUCCUCCAUUUUUCCUUUUCCUUCGUUAUUUCUGUUUUUUCUCUUCUUCUCCCUUUCUCUCAUAUUCUUUUUUCUUUCUUCCUCUCUCUCCUUUUUUUCUCUUUUUCUCUCUAUCUCUUUUUUCUCAUUUUCUUCUCUCCUCCUCCUUUCUCUUUUUCUUCUCUCCCCCUUCAUUCUCUAUUUUCACUUCUUCCUUUCCCAUUUGCUUUCUCCCUCCUCCAUUUUUCUCUUUCCUUUUUUUCAGUCUGUUUUUUCUUUUCUUCCCCCUUUUUUCUUUUUUUUUAUCUCCCCUUCUUUCUCUUUUUCUCUUCCCUCUUUCUUUUUUCUUCUCUCUCUAUUUUCACUUCCUUCUUUCUCUUUCCUCUUUUGCUGUCUCCCUCCUCCUUUCCCUUUUUCUCUCACCUUCGUCCUGUCUCUUCUUCUCCAUCAGUUCAGGCCACCUCUCUCCUCCACCCAACCGCCCUUGAUGCUUGUGAACAACAACAACAGAGUAAUGGUCACCAAGUGGCCGCAGAGGCCCUUAUCAGUCUGGAUUCUCCAAGUACCACUUAUGAUAAACAGAUUAUGCCUCUGAUCGUCCCAGGCUCGUUACCUCCCAGUCCAGCUGACAGCGGGGUGUGCGACUUAGAAAAUAACCAAGAGGAACUAAGGUCUCGUUUGCCUGCUCUUCCCACACUGCCUCCCACCUCCACACAGUAUUUGUCCCAUUUUUGGCAGCCCCCUCCUGCUCAUCAGCCGCUUCAAAGUCAUCUGAACUCUGCACCUCGUGUACCUGUACGACCAGUGUAUCACCCGGCACCUCCCAACCUAGGUUUGCAUCCACAUAUCGAAGGCUCCACUCCACCCUCAUCACCGUUUGGCAAAAAAAAUAAAAAAGGUCGAAAACCCAAAAAUCCAGAUUCCUCAAUGUUACCUGCCAAAAGAAAGGGAAGAGAUCUGGGAAUCUUCAAGUUGGUCGACUCAAAAGAAGUCUCAAAAUUAUGGGGACACCACAAGAACAAGCCAGACAUGAAUUAUGAGACCAUGGGUAGAGCCCUAAGAUAUUACUACGCCCGCGGUAUCUUGAAUAAAGUGGAUGGGCAGAGAUUGGUUUAUCAGUUUGCUGUAGUUCCAAAAGGCAUCGUUGAAAUAGAUUGCUCGAGUGCGUAA